GCGCUGCUUGGUGGCUCGAAAAAAGUGUCAAACACGCAGAAACAGAAAAGGUGCGCUGAACAAACAGGAGGGAGGCGGUCAGUCAGAAAAAAAGAGGUGGCGUAUCUUCAAGUGGAAAUAGUGGACUUCACUUUGGAGCCUCGUACCCACAGCAGAGGAAGAAAUGCCCCAAAAGGCAGAAGACCGGGCGUGACUGACAGCGCGUCACAUUAAUGUGGCCAAAGGGGGCAGUUAAAACCCCGCUACAACUAACUUAUCUGCAUAUGGAUGCACUGCUUUGUGGACGUAAUUUGUAUCCAGCUGUUGCCCACAGAGGAGGGAUCUUAAAGGAAGAGUUUGACUCGCUGUGUGGAUUUAUUCCGUGUGGAUUUUCUUGGUUAAUUACCCAGCAAGAACCGGCAGACAUGUACCGAAUUAUCCGGAUAUCGUGCUUUAAGGAUCGGAACAAAGUCCAGCUGCGCCUUGAAGGAUAAAUAAGGGAGAUUCUGCGAUUGUAACGCAAAGUGUGGAUUUCGUCCCGUAAGCCAGCAGUUUUCAGCUCCAGGAACAAUGACUGGCAACUGCAAAUCAGCAGGAGCAGAGAGCGGAUCAUGAUGAAGAUUUGAAUGAAUUUCUAAUCCAAGUGAAUCACGAAUGAAGUGGAUCACCAGCAAGGAUCACGUUGAUUGAUUGAGUGGAAAAUGCUCAAAUGAAUCAAACGUCAAAAUAAAACAGUUCCUGUAAACGUGGACUCGACGUUCCGGCCACUUGAAUAAGUUCUUCCUUUGUUACACAACUCUGAACAGUUCAGCCACAAAGCUGCCAGAAAUAUGACCACAGAGAUGAUGUUACUCUGUUUCUUUGCAGAGCUUUUGAUCCUUUUUGAGGCCUUUGCAGACGAAGAGCAUCAUCCUGUGAUGCUUGGAGGUGAUGCUACUCUUCAGUGUCAGGCUCCCAGAGGUGCAGUCAUCACUGUGCUGGAGUGGAGCAAAACUGACCUGAGUUCAGAUGAUUACGUCUUCUUCUACCGCAACGGCCGCUCGUACGAGAAGUACCAGCAUUCGUCUUUCAGAGGCCGAGUCGAGCUGAAGGAGCCCUCCAUGAAGGACGGAGAUGUUUCCGUCGUUCUGAAGAACGUCACCGUCAACGAUGCUGGAACGUACAGGUGUCGGAUUAUAAUGAGCAGCGCAGGAAACAGUGACAGAGUCUUCAGUGAGGACAGGCUCCUCACAGUCACAGAGCCAGAUCACAGGGAAGAAGUCGGUGAGGCUGUCGGACGUCUUGGAAAAGCAAUUCAGAAACCAGGAAGUGGGAAUGCAGGAGGCGGACAGAGUGUUGCUGCUGCUGUUGGAGUCGGAGCUGUUUGUGUGCUUUUUAUUGUUGCUCUUAAUUUAGCGGUCUUUAAAAAAAGACGCACGUCCUCGAAGCCAAAUGAGCCUGAGGCAGCUGAUGAGCAGCAGAAAAUGAAUCAAAACACGUGAUUAGCUAAAGAAAUGACUGAAAAUCAGCUGAGAAUCCUGAAAUUUCAUCUCAGAGAAGAAAACGAGAUCAUAAUCUGCUGAAUAUUUUAGAAAUAAAAACCAGAGAACGGUUAUGAGACUCAGUGUCCACAAAUAUGCUGCAGUCGAUUCCUGUGACACUGACCACAAAGUAUCAGUAUAUGUACUGUAUAUACUGUGUAUGUAAUAAAGUUUAUUUCCCUCUGAAUUUUUACUUUGAUUUCUC